CGCAUUGUUUCUUGAAAGCUUAGUGUGACGGCUGAUGCAUGCAUAAUUAAACUGGGUUUCUUGCGCUGUACUGGUUCAAAACAUGGCGAACUCUGCUCAGGUUGUCAUUAUCGGCGUGAUAGGAGUUGCAGCUCUUCUCAUCCUUAUCUUAAUACCUACAAGCUUCUCCGACGUCGAAUACUACGAGCUUGGCUUCAAGAGACGUAAGUCAACAGGUUUUGUGGACGUCAGUGAAGUGUUCACUUCUGGUCGAUACUUUGUAGGUCCAGAUUACACCUUCAAGGUGUUUCAAGCCAAUGCUCAUUUUGUCAAACUUGAUGAGAUCUCUGUGUGGACGGAUGAUAAAGUCGAAAUCGAAAUCAGCUGCUCCUUUCAGUAUUUCCUGAGAAAGGACUUUCUGCCAGACUUACACGAAGCUUACAAUGUCGACUACGAACCGGUUGUCAGGGGAACAGCUAUUGACGCCAUUAAAGGGCGGGCUGCGGAUUUACCCAUUGAUGAUUACAUCAGGAAACGAGAAAACAUAGAAAAGGAGCUGUUCAAAGCUCUGGCCAAGCGAGUGGAUGGCUGCUGUAGGGAGACAUGUCCUACUAAAGAAAAAGAUAUGCCUGCAUGUGGUUACUGCAUUCCUAACGCCAGGUGUAAGAACGAUGAGAAAGGAAUGUUUGUGGAGGUCAGAUAUUUCCAGCUGCUCGCUGUUGACAUCCACGAUGACGUCAAGAGUAGGUAUCUCCGUCAAGUCACGGAGGCGGCCGAGGAGGAACGGGCCGAGUUUGAGUUGCAAGAGAAGGUUGUUCGCAAGGAAACUGAGAGGCUCAGAAAUGAAAUCUACAAUGAGGCCAGAGAAAUAGCCCAGAAUGCGAGCGCCACAGCAACCGUACUUGACGCCGGGGCCAAGGCAGAAGCGCUUAAAGUGGUUGAGCAAGCGAGAUCUGAGGGCUUGAAGAACAUGUACUCAGUGCUUGGAAUAACCAGCGACGAGGAGAAGGCGGCUUUUAACUACCUGAGAUCACUGCGUCAGAACAAAAAUGUCAAGCUUAAUGUUGGCUACCAAUCACUCGCACAAUUUCAAAAUAAUUAAGUUGUCGCGUUGAAAUAAUGUUGCUGUUAAUCUUAAUUAGCACCGCAAGAGAAUGAAAAGGUUGAGCGGAAGAUGUCGUAAUUAGCUUGCAAUCUUUGUUAAUGCUGAAAGUAAAGGCAAACUGUAAGACGCUACCAAAUCACAAUACUCGAGAUAUCGGGUUAAUAUUUUCCUUUGAAAUAUUGAGCUGUAAUAAAAGAGCGUGGCGCAGUUUGCUUACUCUUUUCUAGAUAAUCUUUCGUGCAUUGGAGGUAAAAUACUUACCAUGCAUGUCUACACAAUUUUGUAUUAAUAGUUUAUAUCAGUUUUGAAAUGUUGAGAUAAAUAACGCCUAUUUUUGAGCAUUUUUUCCUGUACGGUUGCAAUAAAAAGUAUAUUCGGAAGCUCUUAGCUUGAGAUCAAGAGCAUCGAGUUAA